GCGAGGAGAAACGUCGAGGAGAUCGAACGAGGCGGAGGAACAGUGGAAAAGAGAAGAAACGACAAAGGAAAACGCACGGAGGAGCGUGCGUUAAAAACGAACUGCACGCGUCAAAACGUAUUACAAUUUCACGCACGAAAAGUUGCACGAAAAGGUUCGUGAAAGGCGGUGAAGUUGGUAAGCAAAACGGAUUACACCCUGUGCAUCCAAGAAACGGUGGAAUCGCGACGACGGUGUGGUGGACAAUUUGUCUCUGAAGGCAAACAUUCGAUCGAUGAACGAGUUACUUUGCCAACUGUUUUCUUCGUCAGGGUUUGUCGUGCCUGUUGAAACGACGAAUUCGGGAGGAAGUUAACCGGCAAUGAGAUACGAGACGGUGGGAAAAGAAAGGAAGAAGGAAUAGAGUUUUAUUCAAGAAGCGCUCUAAUGCGGGAAGUGCGGGCUCGGUGAUUUCCGGAUGCAAUCGGUUGUUUCCGGAUGCAAUCGGCUGUUUCCGGCACGGCCGCCCUCUCGAACUAAAACCAUUCAUUCGAUGGAGAGCGAGAGGCGAGGAAUUGAACGAAGAACGGGAUAGGAAGGCGAUAGGUGGAAGCGAGAAUUGCUGGUGAAAGAAGGACGGGGCAAAGCGAGCAAACGAGUGAAUGAGAGGCGAGUAGAGGGAAGGGCAGGAUGAAAGAAGAAGGAAAGCGACGGGGCAGGGGCGAGGAAGGGGAAGGAAGGAGAAUACACGAGAACACGAGAGAGGUAGGCUCGGCCGAUUCGAGAAGGCUGGCAGGCUGCUGGUAGGCAAGAGUAAGAAAGCGAGGGAGAGCGUACUGGCAGAGGCAGAGGCAGACUGGCCGGCCGUCGUGCGCUGUAGUUAACAGAGCUGCCAGCAAAUCGGCAGCAGAUGUGGCCAGUUAGCUCGGUGCUGUGUGCUCGUACGGAUCACGGUGUUCUGUGGAUAUCGAUGCACCGACCGAAUCCGCAGUCGAUAGUAGCGACAACAACAACAGCGAUCAUCAGUUGCCGAGCGUGACCCUCGAUUACCGCGACACAACACGCCGGGCUCGAGCGAACGAUGCGACAGUAAAGGCUAAGAGUAAAAUAAAGGCACUGUGAAAGACUUUGGAGACAAGUCGGUGACAAGUCGUGGCCGAAGCGGAGAACGACUUGGCUCGGCGAUACGCGACAUCGACGUGCCGUAGAUGAUAGAACCGGAACGGAACGGAACUGGACAAGACAGGACAGAACAGGAUAAACGACGGCGACGACGGUGUGAUCGAAGAAGAUCGCAAACUAACAGAGAGAAGAGGAGAGGACAAAUCGAAUGGAACAGUCGGUCGCGCGCCAACACCAAGAACGCAGUGAUCGUCGUACCUGUCUGUCGGUGGCCGAGGACUUGUCCGAUUGAGACUCGCGAGUGAUGUGGCAACGUUGCUGGUGGCUCACGAGUGGAGGAGUCAGUCGUCGUUCAACUGUUCUAUCGUAGUUUGUGUCUGACAGUGUGUGCAGUGUCGCUGCCGAUAGAACCGCGAGGGGCCCGUCAGGGCCCGCGAACACCAUCGCGAGUCUCACGAUGACAUAUUCAACAGGAGCAGCAACGAGCAGUAACAUUACGAUCAUCCGAGGGACAAUCGCUGUACAGAGACGUCGUACGUUGCCACGAUAGCGCAUGUUCGCGUUUGUUGGUCAUCGUUGUAAAAUAGUUGCCUGAAAAAGAGAGGAGAGAGUGUCUUCGUGGCUCUCGAGUAAGUGUUCCGAGGCGUACGGAUCACCAGGCGAUUUCUGACGCGCUCCUACGUACUGAUUUCGAGCGAACGAACAACAGAGGCGAAAACUUUGCAAGUUCCUAUAGUGCGCGCGCGUUAUCUACUCGCGUCUACUACUCGAGUGUCGAGAAACGAAUGAGUGCGUGAAUCCGUGACUCGUGACAACAUCGUGUCGAAGUGUACGGAGAGAAGAGUAGUCUGAGAGAGAGAGAGAGUGAGAGAGAACCCGUCUCUCUUUCUCUCGCGUCCCGUAGAGGCCGUAGUCAGACUACGCCGUCGUACGCGCUUCUCCUCUUCCCCUCCCCUCUCCACCUUCCCCGCCGUAAUGGACUGUUUCUUUCUCCCUCUCUCUCGCUGAAGGCCAAUUUAUCUAUCCCGUCUCUGUCUCAGUCUAUACCAUUCCUGUCUGUGCGCUGGCACAGAGUUUUCACUGGCGCGACACGACACGGCACGGCACCGCACGGCACCGCACGGCACGCGCGCACACACACGGCUACCGCGGCACGUAAAACGAAACGAAACGAUACGAAACGAUACGAAACGAUACGAAACGAUACGAUACGAAACGAAACCGGCUGCUGUCCAGCCGAAUCGGGAGUGUCAAACGUCCGAGGGAAGAUCACGGGCUAUGGGAACAGUGUGUGCCAUGAACUGAAAAAGAAAAAAGAAAAGAAAAAAAAAAGAAAAAACAGUGCGCGACCGGUUGUCUCGUGCUUGGGCCCCACGUCGAAAAAGAGAGAUCUUGCAUUUCAUCCGGUGCGUGCCUGUGUGUAUCCCUUUACACGAAAGGAGGAGGAAGAGAGGUUAGGUUAGGCUAGGACUCUCGCGUCACCCUUGCCUACACUCCGUCCUCCUUGCUCUUUCGCUUCGUUCCCCCCUACCUCUCUUUCUCCGGCGCACGGCGAAGAGGAACGCGCAGAGAGACACGAGAGAGAGGCCAGACCAGACCGACCGUAUACAUUUAUAUAUCUAUACACACGUCACGCAUACAUAGCCAGGACAAUUGGGGAAAGAGGAGGAAAACACAAAUGCCGAUCGCCGGUGGAAUUCUGGUCGCUGGAACCGCGGCUCAUUGCUGGUCUUCCGCCGCUGGCAUGCUUCGAUUCCUCGCUAGACUUUCAGGGAGGCGGCGGCACGUGCGCCGGAGCUCCGGGCCAGGUGGUGGAGCUCGUGCCGUUGAAGAAACAGAAGAGGCAACAGCAACAGCAGCAGCAGCAGCAGCAGCAGCAGCGGCGGCAGCGGCGGCGGCAGCAGCAGCAGCAGCAGCAGCAGCGGCAGCAGCAGCAGCAGCAGCGGCAGCAGCAGCGGCAGCAGCAGCAGCAGCAGUAGCGGCGGGGGUGGGAGGCUACGUGGACGGCCUGGACGAAAGAAGGGGAGGAUGCGAAGCGGUAGGAGCGAGCGUGCUCGAAGAGGUUAGUUGCUCACCGGUGGCGGAUGGCGAGGUCUGCUGCGGCGACAGCAGUACCACCACCAACUACAGCCACCGUCGUCAUCACCUGCAUCAUAUACAUCGUCGCUAUAGUCAUCAUCACCAGCGACAGCAACAACAACUACAGCCUCAUCGAUGUCACCAACGGAGGGACAGCGUGGCUAGCAGCAACGAGCUCGUCGUCGACGAGGAAGCCGACGAUGAGGCUACGUGCCAGGAUCAGGCUACCGCUGCUCCACCUCAUCGAGACAUACGUCACGAGCUCCAUCACCUUCAACACCAUCACCAUCAUUUGCAUCACCACCAUCACCACCAUCACCACCAUCAUCACCACCACCAUCACCAUCUGCAUCAUAUCCAUCAGCGGCUGCGGGACGACAGAUCGCCGUGCGAUCGGGACAAAAGCGUCGAUCGCAUCGUCCGGAGGAGAAGCGAUCGUCACGCGGAUGGUACCACCGAUAACCCUGCCACCGUCACUGCCAUGACGAGAGGAUGCUGGAUCCCGUCCUACCUCGCUACUCUACUCAUCCUCUCUUACACCCUCUUCGGUAUAGCAGACGCCUGUUCAUCACGGUCAACACCGAAACCACGGCCACCGACGCCGACGCCUCGACCGAACAUCACAUUCCACAUGUACACGUGUCCACCGGAUUAUGCGGAAUGGUAUUGCUUGAACGGUGCUACAUGUUUCACUGUCAAAAUCGUCGAUUCCCUCCUUUACAAUUGUUUAUGCGCCAACGGUUAUAUCGGGCAGAGAUGCGAGUUCAAGGAUUUAGAUGGUUCCUAUUUACCCUCCCGACAACGUGUAAUGUUGGAGACAGCCAGCAUCGCCGGCGGUGCCACGAUAGCAGUAUUCCUGGUCGUUAUCAUUUGCAUAGCGGCUUACAUCCACUGUAAGCGAAAGCAAAAGGAAUUGCGGUCGAGUAACUGCGUCGACACGGUGGAUGGACCUGGUCGAGAUCCGGAGUUGAGGCCGUUUAGCAACCGCAGCCGCUCCCUCAUGAUCUUUAUGACCAAGAAUCCUAAUAGCUCGGCGGCCAUAGAGCAGACGAGAAUGCCCGGAUGGAACUGCCCGGAAACGGAGUCAAUGAGAAUGGCGUCCAUCAGCGAAGGCAAACGUUCCAAUCAAUGAUAGAGCCAGUCCGGUAUCUAAUUCCACGACACGAACGUAGAGGAGUCCAACGUAGAGAUCACCGGCAUCACGUCGACGGAAGGGAAUCACUUUCACCUAGCAGCUUUCUGUCUCCGUCCAUGGACUAUGUUCUCGCGGUGGCGUAUCAAAGAGGAAGCAAGAGAAGAAAGGAAAAAAAAAAGAAAAGAAAAAUAUCCGUUGUGAACGCAUUUCUCGACGAUCGUGCGCGUCAUCGAUGAGGUUGCCUAGGUUGAUCGUUAUUUAACGUUCAUUUCUGCCUGAAUUAUCCGCUCGACAAAUUUCUUGCGUCAUCAGAAAUCGUUCAAAAAGGAAGAGAGAAGAUCGAUUCAACCAAGUUCCAAGUGCCGUGCGUUCCUUUGCAAUUGGAAGAACUCGUUGAAGAGACGAGAAGUUAAUGGACCAUCGAACGGACGAUCCUGGUUGGAAAGAAAUCGAUACAUGAAUCAGGAUCCUCGCCUCUCCGCGCACGUGAUCUAGAAGAGCGUAGGAUUAAAAAAAGAAGUACGUAGCUGGUAACUUUAAAUAGCUGGACUCGAACAGCUGGAAGAACAAAGGACAAGAAAGUAGAAAAGAAGGGAAGCUUAAAAAUAAAGCCACUGGCUGAAUAGGUGACUCUCUUAAUAAAAAGAAAAAAGCAGGAGAGAGAAAGAGAGGGAUAGAGAGAGAGAGAGAGAAAGAUAGAGAGGAAAAAAGAAAAGAAGCAUUUAGCGCAAACACAACGGAGAAGAAGCAUAAGUAAUUUGUUCCUAUCGGAGAAACGAGAUAGUUUAGAGCAGACAAUAAUAACCGGAGAAUAAUUACAUAACGUUAUUAGCAUCGGUUAAGAUAAACGUACCAGUUAAGUUUUCGACGAAUAAUCCAUUGCUAAGUAGAAACGUUGCUCGUCGUAGAACGUAUUUUGCUGUGGAAACGUUUUGCGGAAAUAAGCUUCCCCCUUCCUCUUCACCCCGGAAACCAUUGCUUUUUUUCUCCUUUUUUUCCACCUACCUUCUUUUCUGUUCGUCCGAUUUCGUUCGCUUCUUUUUUUUUUCUCACCCGUGUCCCCAGGUCGAGAUCGAUUCAUCGAUGCGACUUUCAUGUUCGGCAUAAGUUUCUUGCAAAUCAACGCCACGGAAACGUCGGAAAUAGGACGAUUCACGUUAUCGAAAGCGUUAAAGGGAUGCAAGGUAUUCCAAGUUCUAAACGUCAGACAAUCUUUCCUCUUUUGUACUGGCUGAGCUAGAGAAGAAGAAAUUGGAAGGAAUUCCAACAGUUUCUGUCGUUCGAAGUUGUUUCAUCCAGUGUACGAUCGGCAACACAAUCAGUUAUAAAAAAUUACGUGUCGUUAAAUGAUAAUUUAAGCGUUGAUUCGCGUGUCAGGACAGAACUUUGGUCAUAUAAGUGUGUCUCACUGUAAAAUGUUCGUUCAAUACAGACGUAAUUAUUUAUUCGAAGUCUUCGUUAAGUAUGUAUUUUUUUUCGUCCGCACAAUGACGUAUAUGUAACUUAAUUUAAAUUUGUAAUAUUAUAUUUAAAUUCGCGUGUGGUUAGGCCUUGGCGAGUGUGAACACUUUAAGAGUAGAAAGAAGAGAGAAGGAAAGAUAUUCAAGGAUGAGACCUCUACCUGGUGUUGAAACCUAGCGAAAAGAAACUAAGCCUCUGUUGGAUGGUCGAUGAGGAAAAAAAUCGACCGAAUUCUUGAAGAGGAAUGCACGAAGAGUCGCGGUGGCAUCGACGGCGAUCGUAUUCGUCGAUUGAUCAACAUCGAAAUUGACCACGUCGCGGAGCGGAUCUCUGUUUCUCGCCUAUUUUCUUGUAAAUAGUAAAUUAUCCAUGUAGGACCAGCUAACUCGUUCCCCUUUAAAUUUAUCCGACGAGCGAUUGGCCCGUUGUAGCGGACAAACUACAACUAUGACAACGCUUGUCAACAGCGAUUUCUACCCAUUCUUCUAUACCUAUUUGACCAUUAAAUUGACAAAUAAAUUUAUCGGUCAACGAGUCGGCUGGAUGACAGAGUUAUUUGCUCGCGCGGCGUGCUCCUCCGGAAAUAAAACCCCGUUCUUUUUUCGCGUCACGAAGGGAAACAAGAGGAAAUCACACAAUCGUCGUCGAACAUCACCGCGACGUUAUCUUGAAAUAUUUCUCGAAGAAGCACGAUAUAUUCUUUGUUUCGUCAGUCAUAUCUAAACACUGUGGAAGGAUCGAUCCUGUAUUCGAUGAUGAUUUGUACAUUUGUAGAUACUGUGCUGUGGAAUGAAGAAGCUUCCAAACGCUUUGAGGAAACAGAAGAUGAAUCGUCUAGUGUACUUUUGUGUAAUGUGUACGAGUAACGUGUGUCGCGCGAUCAUGACCCAAUAACGCUUUCGUUUCUUUGCUCGGCCGUGAGCCUCGUGUUUUCUCCUUCGUUACGGAGUUUCAGACUUGCAAAACAUCGUAAAAAUGGGUUAAAAAGAAGCGAAGGAGAGAACCGAAGAAUAUACAUUACGUAGAAUUAGAAAACAAAGAGAGACAGAUUCCGAGACGAGAAACGCGCGGAGUUAGGUGGCCUAAUAUAUAUAUAUAUAUAUAUAUAUAUAUAUAUAUUUUUUUUUUUUCUUUUAUUUUCUGUCACGGGAACGACUUCGUUUCGUAACCGUACGGUGUAAUUUAUUAUAAAUAGUCCUAAUUAACGUGAAGAAAUCGUAGCGUGAAAAUGUGAAAAAAAAAAACUAUAAUUUAAUUACUCCCCGCUCUUACUUCUCUCGUAACUUUGUACUUGGUUCCUAAUUUAUUCUUACAUUAUUUUUUUUCCUUUAAUUAUUAAUUACCACGGUUAUUAUUAUUAACUUACUAAUUUACGAUCAUUAAGUUGCGAUCAUUUAAUUAUUCUCCUUUUAUUAUUAUUAUUGUCGAAUAACGAUUAAUCAAUUUAAUUCCUAAUGCUAUUCGCGUAUUAUUUGGUUAACACGAUAUCUCUUAAGGACACGCACUUAUUAUUUAUAAACGAACGAACGAAUGAACGAACGAGCGAAAGAGAAAAAAUGGAGUUAUAUUUUAAAAAAAGGGAGAAAAAGCGAGGAGAAAUAACACACAAUUUCCGACGCGAGUGUGUCUGUGAAAACCACGCGAUGAAAAGCUUACGCUCCAGUACAUCAUAUUAAGCCAUUCGUGGUACCUACGUUGUUCUUCAAUCGUAAAAGCUAUUUUUCUAUAUUUCGUCCGCGCAACACACAUUUUCUUCUAUAAAUACGACAUAGUAAUUUGUACAAUUCAACCAUCAGUCGUUGCAUCAAUGUUUAAAUGUCUUCUCCGUCAGUUCUAAAUUUCCAAUAGUUCGAAUAAUCAUUCAUGUCGAUCGCAAUCGGUUUCCUCUUAAUUUUUGCAAAUAAUCGUUUUGUGUUUCGAAACGUGUCAAUUUCUACUGUGAGAGUAAUUACUCGAACCUGAUGAUUCCGAAUGAUCGAGCAGUUAUAUUAAUUUAACCGAUUGUUGAACAAAGAGGACCUUCGAGGCGUUUCAUAAGGGAGGGCGAUCGUAAGGGGAAAAAAAAUUCAUAGGUAAACUUCGAUUAUCAGCUUCUAAAGGUUAAAAUAUCGUCGCGACCGAACAAUUGCUCGAGACGUGUCGUUCUUAUAUAUAUAUAUAUUUUUUAAUUUCUAUCUGAUCAAUCGUCAAGGGAGAACCUACUUUUAAUUUUUGUCAAGAGAUCGUUGAAAAAAAGAAAUAAAUCACAAGAGAAAGAGAGAGAAUCCAGCGUCGACAGCAAUGACUCGGGCUCGUGACUUAGCGAUCGUUUAAGCGUAGACAGUGGUGGCAUUUUAGUACAUCAGACAGCGCCGUGUAUCGCGAAGAUCAAGAUCAAGACGAAGAAGAGAACGAAGGGAGGGAAAGAACAAGAAAAAAGCAGACUCGAGAAGGAUACGUUUAUAUUCGAUGGAGGAAAA